UAUUCAUCUUUGUUUUCUUGGUUACAUCGCUAUAAAUGCAGCCCAGAUACAGUAUAGAUACUUUAGUGACGAUUUGUUACAACUAAAACGUUGUCCUGAGUGUACACCUAGAAAAGAGAUUAAACCUACAAUGGAAACACCACUGUGUGUUAAGUGCAUGUGUGAUUUAGAUUGUAUUCACUAUGGCGAUUGUUGUAUUGAUGUAAUGAUAAAUCUCGGAUUGCAUUUACAAGAACCAAGAUCUCACCAAUUCAGCUGCAUUUAACCGCAACUAGAAGCGCUUAUGUCAAUCUUACAAAAUAUGGAUUCUUUCAUGAAUAGUACGGGAAAUACCAUUUCACUAGAAACGUUGACGUUCAAAUUAAAAAAUAUGAAUUCUUUCAUGGAUGGAUAUUACAUGAAAACGCAGUUUAUGGAAGAUAACGGUACAAUAAAUAACUGUAGUAGACUCCCACUACCAGUCACUUGUAAUAUUACAGGUAACACGUACAUCAACAUGGAGUGUGCUUUUUUAAAUAAGGAAGUUGGUUGUGUACAUUGGAACCUACAACAAGAAUGUGAUACAAGUAAUCCAAUUCAGAAGUGUGAAACUUAUCUUAUUCCACCCGACUUUGCUGAACUGAGAUAUUGCGAUGCUAGAAGAGGCCAGCCAAUUAUUUCGCAAUGUCUAUCCUAUAUGAGGGAUUUUGAUGAAGCGUGUGCUAAAUAUUUUUAUCCUGUUUAUGGCGAGGAUAAUAAGUUAUAUCGCAAUAUAUUUUGUUAUUUAUGUAAUGAUAAACUGUUUAGUGCAGUUUCUCCUCCCAAUGUGCCAACAAUUGAAAUUCUAACCCGUUCCAUACCACCCUUUGCAAAAUGUGAUAAUAAAAACGCUUGGAUGGAUUUUCGUGUGAAUAAAUGUCGACAAAUUAGAUGUUCCACCAACAAGAGAUUAGAUGAUGACUUCUGUGAAUAUGAUAAUAAAACCGCCUUCGGUAAUUCCUACCAUUUGCUAAUGAAACUAGAUUUGUGGACAAAUGACAGAAUCCCAUUCCUAAAGCAAUUUCUUCUGCACACCAUGACCAAGGCGUCUUUUGACAUCAUGACUUCGAUGUAUCAUAUGUCAUAUUCGAAUCCGAUUGAGGUACAGAGUAAUACGUUCGUGUAUAUAAAUAUUUGGUUUACAGUCAAUAGCAACAUGUCGUUGGAGGAUUAUGAAACCUAUAUUUUGGGGUAUCAUUAUAUCACAUCAGUUGGAAAUAACUGGUAUGGAUUUCCUUUCAAGUCUAAAGCUAAUCAUUCAAUAUUAAAACUUUCCGAGUACGAAUUCGGAAACUUCGUCCCGAAUUUAUCAACUAGUCUGUGCUGUGCAGUAAACAAUAGCGCCGUUUGGUACAAAGAAGACUAUGAGUCCAUAACACACCAGUUAAGGUGUUCUUACAUUGAAUUUGAUGCUAAUGAAUAUGUAUUACGUAAUAUGACUGCUCGCAUAGACCAUCUAAAUCUAACUUUAAUCAGGGGAGAAUUUUCCAUCUACGGAGACCAACUCAGGGUUUGUUUUGAGUUGGUCCUUAAUAACACUGGUUUUGUUGAUAGCAACGAAGUCGAUGGUAUCAAGUCUUACGUUAGUAUAAUUUGCAUAACAUUAUCAUUAAUAGCUUUAAUGCUAACUUUCAUAACCUAUCUAAAAUUCAGAGAUAUGAGAACACAGCCGGGAAAAAAUAAUAUGGCUCUAACAAUAACCUUAUUUGUAGCUCAGGUGAUGCUGAUGGUUAGCGGCACUCCAGCAACUAAUACAAUUUUAUGCCAAGUUAUGGGCAUUACUCUUCAUUACUUAUGGUUAAGUAUGUUAUUUUGGAUGAACGUGUGUUCAUAUCACAUGUUUAAAGUUUUUGUAUUACACACUUUAACCAGGAUGGAGAAUUCAAAUGGCAUCAGACAAACGUUAAUAUAUCUUACUUACGCCAAUGGAACACCCAUCCUUAUUAUUGUAGCUAAUAUUGUUACCAAUUACGUAUUAUCCGAUGGCGCUAUUAUUGGUUAUGGUGGGAAUAUAUGUUAUUUAUCUACUCCUCGAUUGGUCCUGUAUUGUUUUGUUCUACCUUUAAGUCUUGUUAUUUUAACGAAUAUUAUAUUCUUCUUGUGGACGAUUUGUAUUAUCCAUCGUGUAAAACAAAGUGGUAAACAAACCGGGGAUAGAAAUAACAUCUUCGUUUACCUUAAGCUGUCCGUAGUAACAGGAUGCUUUUGGUUAUUCGCCAUCUUAUCAAAUGUCGACAGUCCUGUUAUGACUUAUAUAUCUAUUAUUCUGAACUCGUCUCAAGGAAUUUUCUUAUUUUGGUCAUUUGUCUUGAAUAAAACCGUGUUAAACAAAUGUAGAAAUUCUACACACGGUACAACAAGCUCGUCUCAGCGUUCUAAUGAUGACUCAAUUACCAGAGAAACUGCAUUAAGCUCGUGAUGCAUUCCAGAGCAUAGACUCAUUAAAAGUGCAACAUCAUUAAGAUUCGUAGGUUAGGCGUAAAACCAAAACACAUACCAGGGCAUACUUGCCCAAUAUCGAAAUUGUGGCAAUUGACUAAUGGCUUUGGCAACAUCACAGUUCUGGACGAAAAAAAAAUAUUUCAAAAAAUGAAUAAUGUUUCAGAUUUCAUAAGCGUUCAAAACAAUCCCAACAGCCAAGACAGAGGUUAUUCCUUUCUAAAGGACUAGCACAGUUCAUUUCUUAUUACUCCAUUUUUGCUAAAUUCGUUCAUUAGUUUUUAUUGCUUUUUAUUUGGUCUCCUGUUUAGGAAUAUUUGUGUUUCUACUUUUUAUUUAUGCUUGGUUUGAUCGAUAUUAUUAUUGUUGCACUGUAAGUAAGUGAGUCUAAGAAAGUUGUAGAAUCUUGGAACGGUACCCUGCAUUAUAGUAUCACAUCUUUUAAAUAAUAAUGAUUUAAAUUUACACCUUUUUUCAAUUAUUCAUAUUAUCACCUACUUUUGUCGUCCUCUGGUCCAUCUGUAGUGUACAAUUGGUUGUAAUCUUUAAACGGAAUUUUAAAACUAAAAUAUAGUGAUUUGUUCAUUGGCACAUAAAGAAGAACCAUAUCGAAAUUUACCUGUUCCAUUCGACGAUUAGGGCCAUUAGAAGAUCGCUACCCAUAUUCGAACUUUUUAGCCAUGAAUUUCCUAUGGACUUCGGCGUAUUAAAUUUGCUAGACAGGAUUUGUUGUCAUUGUAUUUUAUGAGUUCGAUGUUACUCGUGGUGGUAUUCACAUUUUUCUUACUGUCGAUGUACAUCUACACAGCGGUAUACAAUGGCAUACCCAGCUGGGUGGUUCCUUGUGAUGUUUUAACACUUCUUAUUUUUGGCAUGUACAUAUUUUAGGUAUUUUUGUUUAAUAUUUGUUUAUGUAUUAAAGAAAAAAAAAUGUUUUCUGUAAACUAAACACGCUAUUUUCAAUUCGUGAAAUUGCAUUAUCAAAUUAUAGGAUAUAUCGGUUUUGCGAAUUUACUAUCCCACACACCGUGCCCACAGCGAUCUCUUAUCUUCCCUACACUGACAUCAAUUCCCGCAGUGGGUAUGCAAACAUCGGCUAACUUUUCGCUUUGAUUUAUAAGCGAGCAUUUGGACUCGGUUUAGGUUGACUUAUAUGAUGAUUAUAUCUAGAUGUCUCGACAAUUUUAAAGUGUUAGCAUGGGCAACUAUACAGCCCAUAUAAGAUUAUAUGACAUAAUCAAGGGUUUGUUGAAAUUCCAUUGGAUUUCUCUUACCCCUACCACGUCUGCUAGAUCAGCCUGUGAACACCUUUUUCACAAGCAAAUAAUGAUAGCGUUUCCCUAUUUACUGUUAUUAACUAGGUUUCCCCAUUAGACUGAAAAUGUUCUGUAAGAAUGGACUUUCCGUGGGUACUGGGAACCUGGCCACGGGACACAAUGGCGAGCUUUGCGUGAGUCACGGUUUGGAGUAUUUGCAUCCCCUUGAGUUUUUGUGUUCAAUCGCAAAUGGCAAGCGGCUUCAAUGCGGUUUUCAACAUAAUCACAAUAAUCAUAAUAAUAAUGAUUUAAAUCGACUCUAGUAUGUUCCACACAGUCCAAUAUGGCACUGGCCCCCCCCCCCCUCACACACACACACACACACACACACACAUAUAAAUAUUUUUUUUGUUUGCUUGGGGUUUUUUGGUGGGGUGGGGAGGGGGGUGCGCUUUUGUUUGUAAUGUUUUAAUGUGCUGGUUUGCUUGAAUCGCUUUGUUUGUGUCAUUUCUCGGGGUUGCUUUGAUAAUGUUGUUUUUAUGGCGAUUAAUAUGCUUAACGUACGCCGACUGACUACGUUUUAAUACUUAACGACGUAACAUUACAGAAUGUUUAAAUUGUUAAAUGGAUAUGACUACAAAAGAUUCUGAUAAAAACUACAGUUUUAAUUAUUAGAAUAUUGUCGCUUAUCUUGCUUGCCUUUUUGCAAAACAUAUCAUUUAGU